AACGGUUAAGAUUAAAGGUGUAAUCUCCAUGUGUAGCCGAGAAGCAGCGUAACACUUCAGCAGAGUCAGUUCGCCACUGUUGAUCCUCCAACAAAGAUUCCUUUUCACAAUGCCCAACAACAACACACAGUGCUCACAGAAAGAGAGAAUAGAGACUCCGGCGAUGAAGUUAACCGGCGACGGCGGUGGAGGUCGAAAGUUCCUGGUUGGUGUCAAGUUGGAUUCUCGGAGCCGGGAACUGCUGACGUGGGCUCUCGUCAAAGUUGCCGAGCCCGGCGACCUCGUCAUUGCGCUCCACGUCAUCGACACCAUUACCGACGCAGAGGAUACAGGUUCAGCUUCGGUGCUCUCUGUUGUUAAGACUUUUGAUUCUGUUUUGGCUGUGUACGAAGGCUUCUGCAACUUGAAGCAGGUUGAUCUGAAGCUUAAAGUGUGUAGAGGUGCGUCAGCAAGGAAACUUGUAGUGAAGGAAGCGAAAUCGCUUGGUGUUGCGACGGUGAUUCUAGAAACUUCUAAGAGCUAUCACCCUAUCCGUUCAUCUUUAUAUGUUGCCAAGUACUGUGCAAGGAAAUUGCCCAAGUGUAUCUCUGUUUUAGCAGUUCACAAUGGCAAAGUUGCAUUCCACAGAGAAGCUACUGGAAUGUGUACUCUUCAAGGAAAGUUAAAUGAAAGCCCAGCAUUGUUAAACAAAUAUUUGGCUGUUAAAAUGAAGAAAAAUCUGAAGAAUUGUGAAUGUUGUACACGGGUAUUAGCAUUGCCGGAGGAUUCUGCAACUAAAUUGAAGCCAGGGUUGACUGAUGAUGGUUUUGAAGAGGAAAAUUCACUGGCUUUGGUUCCAAUUCAAAAGCUUGAUGAUGAUGAUGAUCCUAGUUAUUCAAUCGCGGUGGACAAAUCAAACCAGUCAACAGCUGGUUGGUCACUCCUUCGCCAGGUGUUUCUUCCCAACAAGCAUAUGCGGAAAUCUUUAGGGAAAAAUUCACCUGCUUUGCAAACGGCAUUAAGACAAACCAGCUACCAUUCUUCAGCUGUUGUCCAUCCAGAUCACAAACAGAAUAUUCACCGGAAUUAUGAUUCCACCCUAGAUGGGGAGAGUGGUAUCAUUUUGCCAUUUGGAUCUGAUGAUAUUUUUCCUCCUCCCUCCCUUGGCCGUGAUUUGAGUGAACUUCCUAAAGAAUUGUUGGGUUUACAACAGAAGUACUCAUCUUUAAGCAGAUUAUAUAGUUUCCAGGAACUUGUAUCUGCAACUGCUAACUUCUCACACGAAAAUUUGGUUGGAACAGGUGGUUGUAGUGAGGUUUAUAGAGGAUGUCUUCCAGAUGGCAAGGAAUUGGCUGUAAAAAUUUUGAAGUCAUCUGAAGUUGUGAUAAAAGAGUUUGUUCAGGAAAUUGAGAUCAUUACAACUUUGCAUCACAAGAACAUAAUAUCUCUAUUGGGCUUUUGUGUUGAGGGCCAUAAUUUACUACUGGUUUAUGAUCUUUUAUCAAGGGGAAGCCUAGAAGAAAACCUUUAUGGCAUCAGAAACGACUCUGGUGCAUUUGGUUGGCAAGAGAGGUACAAGGUGGCUGUGGGUGUAGCUGAGGCAUUGAACUAUCUGCAUAACUGCUGUACACCUGCUGUGAUCCAUAGGGAUGUGAAAUCUUCAAAUAUCCUUCUUUCAGAUGAUUUUGAGCCUCAGCUGUCGGAUUUCGGACUGGCUAGUUGGAGUUCUUCUUCAUCCCAUAGUAGUUGUACUGAUGUGGCCGGAACUUUUGGAUACCUAGCUCCUGAAUACUUUAUGCAUGGUAGAGUGACUGAGAAAAUUGAUGUAUAUGCUUUUGGUGUUGUACUUCUUGAGCUUCUCUCUAGUAAGAAACCAAUUAACAAUGACUGUCCUAAGGGCCAAAAGAGCCUUGUUAUGUGGGCAAUACCAAUUUUGAAGGGUGGGAAGCUUUCCCAGUUGCUUGAUCCAAGCCUAGGCAGCGAUUACAACCAUUGCCAUAUCGAAAGAAUGAUUUUGGCUGCUAGUCUUUGCAUUAGACGAGCAUCUAGAUUGCGACCUCAAAUCUGCAUUAUAUUGAAACUCCUACGUGGUGAUGAAGAAGUGAGAAGUUGGGCAGAACAAGAAGUUGGUGCAUCACAGGAACUUGAUGGAUUUGAUGAGGAACCAGUGCCAUCUAAUAUUCAGUCCCAUCUGAACCUUGCUUUGCUGGACUUGGAGGAUGAUACAGAUUCUAUCAGUAGCACUGAGCAGAAUGUCUCAUUGGUGGACUACUUGAGUGGAAGAUGGAGUCGCUCGUCAAGUUUUGACUAAGCAUUUCAUCAUGAUACUAUGUACUUGGAAGCAAAUGCUCCUUUCAUACCGUCCGUAAAUAUUAUUUUGUUUUCUUAGGUUAGUUUUUCAAAAUUAUGAGGCAGUGCAGAUUGGGUCUUGGAAGACUGUUCCCAAAAGUUUAGGGGCUAUGUAUCAGUUCAUAUUUCCAUUGGAUGGUUUUAAUCUGAAUCUUCGCAUUAUUGAGCAAAUUCUAGUGGGCCAAAUGUACAUGAACUAGUAGAUAUGAGAAAAGUACGAAGAGUAAAUAUUC